AUGAUGACGUUCGCCCUACUGCUGCGCACCGGUUGCAGUCGUGUCGUGAACGCUCGCUUCGUGCUAGCAAUCGCGGCGGUGAUCCUCGCCGUUGCGGAUGCCUUCCAUGUGCGUGCUUCAAUCCCGCUCCGCAAUAUCGCGAUCCCACGAAAACUGCCGUGGGCACGAACGGCUUCAAGCGGCGACACUACCGUCCUCAUGAUGAGCACCGCCCCGGCUAGCACCACCACCACUACCGCUGCUGUCACGCCUGAGGCCGCCUUAAACCCCAUUAUCCAAGAACUGCGAGCAAGGAUCGUGGAAGCACCGGAGCCCUUGGAAGGGAAUAGAGAGUCUCAACGGCAUGCCGACAGGGUUAUCUCAACAACGUUCGAAGUCGACUGUGACGGGAACUUGCUGGGCGGCGAGGGGCAAGAGCUCCGACUUACAAGGGCCCUGUCUCUGGAUACCUUUGUGGUCGUGCGAGUCCGGCCCAAACCGGCCAGGGCGUGUCUCCGGAGGCUGGGGAGAGUGGCGGAGCAGCUUCUGGGGGAGUCGCGUACGGUUGAAGAGAAAGUGGCGGCUUUCGGCCCGAUCAGAGCCGAGGGACAAUUCGUGUCGGGAUAUGCGGGAGGGGGAGACUACGGUUCUGGUCAGUUUCUGGAGACAAGGGGCAUCGGCGGAGAUGAGAUUGUCCCUCACGUUGAUGGUGAUGCCGCAGCCGGUUUGAUCGAGGGCAGGCGGGCUCUGACGGCGAUUUCAGGCGGCAUUCUGCAAGCCGUGUUGCGCCAGAGCUUGCCCGAGAUCGACCCCGCCGCCUUCCUCGGCCUCGUCGAUCCGGGAGAGGGCCGACAGGGCGUGGGAGGGUCCUCCCCAAAUAUGUCCGCUUCGCCUCUGAGGAUAUGCCGCUACGCCGGCGGCGGAGAUGGCGUUGCCUUCGGCACCCACACCGACACAACCUUCCUGACCGUGAUCCCGUGCGCUUCAGCCCCGGGGCUGGAGAUCAUCCAGCCAUCGACGGGUCGCUGGGUGCGGCCGGAAGCAUCACGGGACUGUCGGCCCGGCUCUGACGUUAUGCUGCUCGCCGGAGAGCUGCUGCAGGUGUUCGGGAGAGGCCGGUACCAAGCCGCCGUGCACCGCGUGGUGCGGCCCGCGGGCAGUACGGAACCCCGUGUGUCGACCCCGUUGCUGCUCCGCGGGAUUGCCGGGGCUGCCAUUCGAGGCUCGAUGCUCCCGCCAGCGGUUGCGGCGAGACUUGAGAGAAGGUCAGAGGAAGCGAAGCAGACACGGCGGGAGAUAAGGAGGGCGGCGGGAGGAUCAUCUUCGGAGGAAGGCGACGAGGCGGGGGAGCUGAACAUGACGGACCUGUGGGCGGCUCUGCAGUUCAGGGGAGGCGCGACGCCGGAGUCCAGCGGUGGCGGCGAUGGCUGGGGCGGCGAGAUCUCGGACAGCGUUUCUUCCCCGCCGCCGCUCGCCCAGACGAAGACCACCGACCAGAUCCGAGAGUGUUUUGAGCCGUACGCGCGGGAUGGCGUCGCUGUCCUGAGCGUCGACCCCCUCCUGGUCCGGCUGCGCGGCUUCGCGUCCCCGGGCCAAUGCUCGGCGAUCAUCGACCAAGGCAUGGAGAGCUUGGAGGAAUCCACGACGUGGGGCGGCGCGGGCGCUCAGACCGAGUCGGACGCCCUUAGAAGGAGCGCAACCACCUGGCUAGCGGACGACUGCCUGGCGCCGCUUCUCGGACGCUUGACGGAGAGGGUUAGUGGGAUGUCCGGCUUGCCCUCGGCGUUCAUGGAGAAGUGGCAGGUGGCACGAUACCGGCCUGACGGCUACUUCAAGCUGCACACCGACCACGUGGAAGACUUCAACAGACUCGUGUGCGGCGGGCGGCUCGGCACCCUUAUCCUGUACCUCAACGAUGACUUCACCGGCGGCCAGACCGACUUUCCGUUCGUGCAUGUGGCUGUAGCGCCGUUUGCGGGAGACGCCAUUUACUUCCACAGCGUGGAGCUGCCGGUGGAGGAGGAUGCCGACUCGAUGCGGCCAGACGAGAGGAGCGCGCAUUCGGGGCUAGCCGUCGAGGGAGGGGACAAGUGGAUCGCGACGAAGUGGAUACAUCCACUGCCGUACCCUAACGGGAGAGUUGAUGACGAGGAGGCUACGGAGGGCCUAUCGCCAUACGCCGAAUGGGCGCCCUACCCUCCAAUCGGGGUCGCGGAAUGAGCAAAAGAUGACCGCCUCUCUGU